AAUUAACAUAAAGGCCACGCCAUAAGCUGAACAUGACAACUUUUCAAAAGGUUCAUGCUCUUCUAUUUCAUAUAUUCUUCUUCAUAUCGUUGCUUCCAUUGAAAAUAACUUCAUCACCAACAACAGAAGCAGAAGCCCUUGUCAAAUGGAAAAACAGUUUAUCCCUUCUUCCUCCCUCUCUAAACUCAUCAUGGUCUCUCACAAACCUUGGCAACCUUUGCAAUUGGGAUGCCAUUGCUUGUGACAACACUAACAAUACAGUCUUGGAGAUAAACUUGUCUGAUGCCAAUAUCACCGGGACUCUCACUCCCUUGGAUUUUGCUUCCCUCCCUAACCUCACCAAACUCAACCUUAAUCACAACAAUUUUGAAGGGUCAAUACCAUCAGCAAUUGGCAACCUCUCCAAGCUCAGUUUAUUGGACUUGGGAAACAACUUAUUUGAAGAAACACUGCCUAAUGAGCUAGGCCAGCUAAGGGAACUUCAAUAUCUUAGUUUUUACAACAACAAUCUCAAUGGAACCAUUCCUUAUCAGCUCAUGAAUCUUCCUAAGGUAUGGUACAUGGACCUUGGCUCAAACUACUUUAUAACUCCUCCAGACUGGUCCCAAUAUUCAGGCAUGCCUUCCUUAACUCGCCUUGGUUUGCAUCUCAAUGUCUUCACUGGUGAAUUCCCAAGUUUCAUACUUGAGUGCCAGAACUUGUCAUACCUUGACAUCUCACAGAAUCACUGGACUGGCACAAUACCAGAAUCCAUGUAUAGCAAUUUGCCCAAGCUUGAAUACCUCAACCUCACCAACACAGGGCUAAUAGGAAAACUGUCACCCAACUUGUCUAUGCUUUCUAAUCUCAAAGAACUUCGUAUGGGUAAUAACAUGUUUAAUGGUUCUGUUCCCACUGAGAUAGGAUUGAUAUCUGGGCUUCAAAUUCUUGAAUUGAAUAACAUUUUUGCCCAUGGUAAAAUUCCUUCUUCCUUAGGCCAACUCAGGGAGCUAUGGCGUCUUGAUCUCAGUAUAAAUUUUUUGAACUCUACAAUUCCUUCUGAGCUUGGCCUAUGUGCAAAUCUAUCCUUCUUGAGUUUAGCAGUGAAUAGUUUGUCUGGUCCUUUACCUUUGUCGUUAGCUAAUCUGGCUAAAAUAUCAGAAUUGGGAUUAUCAGAUAAUUCCUUUUCUGGUCAAUUUUCUGCUUCGCUCAUCUCUAAUUGGACUCAAUUGAUUUCCUUGCAAGUCCAAAACAAUAGUUUUACAGGAAGGAUUCCUCCACAAAUUGGCCUGUUGAAAAAAAUUAACUUCCUCUAUCUCUACAAUAAUCAGUUCUCUGGUCCCAUUCCUGUAGAGAUUGGAAAUCUGAAGGAAAUGAUAGAGUUAGACCUUUCACAAAACCAAUUCUCAGGUCCAAUUCCAUUAACACUUUGGAAUCUGACAAACAUUCAAGUGCUGAAUCUUUUCUUCAAUGAUCUCUCUGGAACCAUUCCCAUGGAUAUUGGAAACCUAACCUCACUGCAAAUCUUUGAUGUCAACACCAAUAACUUGCAUGGGGAGUUGCCAGAAACCAUUGCUCAACUAACUGCUCUAAAAAAAUUUUCUGUGUUCACCAAUAACUUCACUGGAAGCCUUCCAAGAGAAUUUGGAAAGAGUAAUCCUUCUUUGACUCAUAUCUACCUUUCAAACAACAGUUUCUCUGGAGAACUGCCUCCUGGCUUGUGCAGUGAUGGCAAGCUAACUAUUUUGGCAGUCAACAACAACAGCUUUUCAGGGCCACUGCCAAAGUCCUUGAGAAAUUGUUCGUCACUAAUUAGAAUUCGGCUUGAUGAUAACCAGUUCACUGGAAACAUCACAGAUUCAUUUGGAGUACUCUCAAAUCUUGUUUUUAUCUCACUUAGUGGAAAUCAGCUUGUCGGGGAGCUCUCCCCGGAGUGGGGUGAAUGUGUCAAUUUAACUGAGAUGGAGAUGGGAAGCAACAAACUUUCUGGAAAAAUUCCAUCUGAGCUAGGAAAGUUGAUUCAAUUAGGGCAUCUAAGCCUACAUUCAAAUGAAUUCACUGGCAAUAUCCCACCUGAAAUUGGAAAUCUAAGCCAACUUUUCAAGUUGAACUUGAGCAAUAACCAUUUAUCAGGAGAAAUCCCAAAGAGUUAUGGGAGAUUGGCUAAGCUAAAUUUUCUUGAUUUAUCAAAUAACAACUUCAUUGGAAGCAUUCCUAGAGAGCUCAGUGAUUGCAAAAACUUAUUGAGUAUGAACUUAAGCCAUAACAAUCUAUCUGGGGAGAUUCCAUAUGAACUUGGCAAUCUGUUCUCACUCCAAAUCUUGUUGGACCUCAGCAGCAACUCUCUUUCGGGAGACCUUCCGCAGAACCUUGGAAAGUUAGCAUCAUUGGAGAUUCUCAAUGUCUCACACAACCAUCUAUCAGGGCCAAUCCCACAAUCAUUUUCAAGCAUGAUCAGUCUUCAAUCUAUUGAUUUUUCUCACAACAACUUGAGCGGUUUGAUCCCCACAGGUGGUAUUUUCCAGACAGCAACAGCUGAAGCCUAUGUAGGGAACACAGGUUUGUGUGGUGAGGUAAAAGGAUUAACUUGUCCCAAAGUGUUUUCCCCAGACAAUUCUGGAGGGGUUAACAAAAAAGUUCUUCUUGGUGUUAUCAUACCAGUUUGUGUCUUAUUUAUUGGGAUGAUUGGUGUUGGAAUCCUACUUUGCCAGCGGCUGAGGCACGCCAAUAAACACCUUGAUGAAGAAUCCAAAAGAAUUGAAAAAAGUGAUGAGUCUACUAGCAUGGUGUGGGGAAGAGAUGGAAAAUUCACAUUUUCUGAUCUUGUUAAGGCCACCGAUGAUUUCAAUGAAAAGUACUGCAUUGGAAAGGGAGGAUUUGGAAGUGUUUAUAGAGCAAAGUUACUCACAGGUCAAGUUGUUGCUGUUAAAAGGCUCAACAUAUUAGACUCUGACGACAUUCCCGCUGUGAACCGCCAGAGCUUUCAGAAUGAGAUAAGAUCUCUUACAGGAGUGAGGCACCGCAAUAUAAUCAAGCUUUUUGGGUUCUGUACUUGGAGGGGACAAAUGUUCUUGGUUUAUGAACAUGUAGACAGAGGAAGUUUGGCAAAAGUAUUGUAUGGAGAGGAAGGGAAAUUGAAGCUAAGUUGGGCUACAAGGCUGAAAAUUGUGCAGGGAGUAGCACAUGCAAUUUCAUACCUGCACACUGAUUGCUCCCCACCCAUUGUGCACCGGGAUGUUACAUUGAAUAACAUACUACUAGACUCGGACUUAGAACCUCGUCUUGCAGAUUUUGGCACUGCAAAACUGCUAAGCUCCAACACUUCAACAUGGACCUCAGUUGCUGGUUCUUAUGGCUACAUGGCUCCAGAACUAGCACAAACAAUGAGAGUCACUGACAAGUGUGACGUGUAUAGUUUUGGAGUGGUGGUGUUGGAGAUAUUGAUGGGAAAGCAUCCUGGAGAACUCUUGACUAUGCUGUCUUCAAACAAGUAUUUGUCAUCAAUGGAGGAACCUCAGAUGCUACUGAAGGAUGUGCUUGACCAACGGCUUCGACUACCAACGGACCAAUUAGCAGAAGCAGUAGUGUUCACAAUGACCAUAGCUUUGGCAUGCACACGUGCGGCUCCAGAGUCCAGACCCAUGAUGCGUGCUGUGGCACAAGAACUAUCGGCUACUACACAGGCUUGUCUUGCAGAGCCAUUUGGCAUGAUAACAAUGAGCAAGCUUGCAGGGUUCCAGAAAUAGUGUCAUGUAAGACUGUAUUUAAAAUUACAAUAAAGGAUAGGUUUGAUGAUUGGAGUAUCUGCUAUCUAUGUUUAAAUUAGUCAUGCUCCAAUACACUAGUCAUGUGAAGCACGGACACUCCAGUCCCUUGUCGUGUUCGGUGUCCGACACGCGUCCGUGUCAAUGUUCGACACCGACACAACACCCGUAUUACGUUCUAUAUUUUGGACAUUACAGGUGUCCACGUGUCCGUAUCCGUGUCGUGUCCGGUGUCCGUGUCGGUGUUGGUGCUUCAUAGGGUGAAGCAAACUUGCUGAUGUAGUGAUGUGUGUGCAUAUAUAUUUUAGCCUUAUAGAUAAAAGAGCAUUUUGCAUACAGAAAACUUUAUUUCUGUCCUUUAUUUUUUAUUUUCUUUGUUCUGAGUCAUGAAUGUCUUUCACUUCACUGAUAAAAGAGUACUUUGUAUUCAUGUUGUGAUGCA